AUGGCUACAUUACCAAACGCCAAACGGUUUGAAAUUGGUAAGCGACAUUAUGUUCUAUGUUUUCGCCUACAUGGCAUAAUGUAUUUAAGAUUGUUACUACUCCACUCAUGUAUCAUUGAUCCUUCCCUGUUGCCAUAUUUAUAUGAAAUGGUGAUGACAUACUUUAUGCAUAAAUGCCGUGAUGACUGUCCAUAUAUUAAAAGCUUAAAAGCUUGUUCCAAAUACCUACAUUAUGAUAGUGGAGAUGGUCAGAUAAGUCUGUGAGCAAAAAAUUUUUUCUAUAAUAAGUUUUUUAUCUCUAGUGUAAAAAUAAUUCACAUUCAUGUUUAACAGGUCUCAUUGCAGGUUUGAAAAUUCAGUUCUAAAAUAAACGUUUGCCUUGUUGACAGGUGGAAAGCCCAGUGGCAAGGAAGUAAAAGAAAGAAGAGAAAACUUGAAGGCUCUUUUACAGGAGGGGUUUGAGGUUAGAGAGGGCUCGGAAGUGUCAGUCCAGAGUGUUUUAUCAUAUCUUGGGCUGGAUCAUGACAGCCAGAAGUUGGUGUCACGUGCUGUGAAGGACAUGUUCCCUGGGGUCCAGAAGAGAAGAGAGGACAAAAGAGGAGUGAAACAAUAUCCUUUUGAUUAGUGAAUGUUUUAACCUGUUAAUGAAAAUAAUAUAAAUAUAUUCGAUCAAUAAUAUUAUAUAUAAUAAUAAUUAUAUUACUCUGACUCUGAAUAAAAGAAUUAAAUUUUUUUGAUGAGUGGGAUUCCAUGCCAAGUGCUCACAAGCGGAGUCUGAGACAUUAUUUUUGAGUGUUUAAGUUCAACUUGGACACAGAUGCAUUGAAUUUCCUUGACUUAAGUUACAACCUUUUACGUAAACUUUGCCGUUAAAUUCAACAUUGCAUCAUUGGUGUCUAAAGAAAGGCCCUCUGUUAUGAAUGGUAAGUGAUUUAUUUUAUCACACUAUUCAUCUAACUGCAAUACGAGCCAUUAUUGUUCAGGGAUAUUUUACUUAUUUGGGCUUGUCAGGAAUUAUAAUAAUAUAGACUUGAGAAGAUUUAGGGGAGUGCUGAUUGAUGAGCAAAACAAACUGACAGUAUUUACAACACAAAUAAUAACGUGGCUGCCUCAAUCAAAAGGCUACAUGGUUCAAAGUUUAAUCUUUUAAUGCAGUGGCUUUUUUUCCCCAGAGGAAUUGAUGCAUCUACUACAAAAUCUUCAAGCGUCAGAACAUGCCAUUUGCCAGAUUUGGUCUGCCCUGGUUGAAAGAAACAAUGAAGGUAAAGACAUUACAAAGCUCAUUAUGGAUUACACCAGGGAGGCAAAGACAAGGGACAGUCUGUUAAAGACUCUCAUAAAUGCAUAUGAGUCAGAAAUCUCCAGGUUAAAGAUGGAAGGAUCUCAUGACCAACUGUCUAAACGACAAAAAAGCACAAUAAGGGAGGAAAUGAAAGUUCUUGAACGACUUUGUGAUACAAAUAUCAGGGAUGGCUCUUCACAAGAAGCUUAUGAUAGUGUCAGUCCACACCUUUUUAAAGAAUUUACAGAAGAAGUUCAAGAGAGAUGCCCACUGAUUCAUGAAGUCAUCGAAACACUGGUCAUUUCUAAUCAACAGGAGCGCAAUGUUUAUAAAACGAACUCGCAUAAAAUUUUGUGUGGAUUGCAGUCAUUGGCAUUCAUGGUCAACAUUAGGAACUCUAAUGCAAGAAAUUCGUUUCCAUUACUGUUUGGGCUCCUGUGUGUUUCUUAUGGUGCUGGCAAACAGUUUACUGACAUGCUGCAGUCCAUGGGGCUUUCCGUACAUUGGAACACAAUGUGAGUAUCAUGUGUCUUUAAUGUUGUUUUGGUUGCUGUUCUCUUUCACAAAAGAGGUGAAAAAGAGCAUUUCCAAAAAGUGUCACUUUAUUAAUGUUUGACAUAAAAUCUUUCACCCUGAGUACCCUAGUAUCUUGUGAACAUGGGGUUGGGGAGGGGCUUAUGGGGGUUUGAUUGGUCAUAUUAUCUUGGAUAAUAUUAUUCUUGAAUCUAAAAGGCAAUAAGCAAAGUGGAAUUUAAAUGUGUAUUUAGUAGCAUAUAAGUUAGCUGAGGUGAAAAUAAUACAAAAAUCCAGGAAAGAAUAAUUCAUUUGUUUAUUUUUCGCUGAAGACCAAUGCCUUUGUGUCGAUAGUGUACAAGUUAUUUGUUAGCAAAGUAUAAUAAAUUUUACCUUGAUUAUUUUAGAAUGACAUACUUGGAUAGACGUGUGACUAAUUUUCAAGAGCUCAUUGACAAAAGUGCCCCAACUUCAGUGCCUUCUAUCUUGCUGAUGGAUAACAUAAAUCUGUAUCAUGGCAACAGACGACACCACCGCCUCUUCAAGGUCCUUGGACCUAAGAUGUGGAACUUUACAGUCCGUGGUUUGAUAGUGCCAAAAUUCCACAAAUUCCAAGAUUUAUUUCAAAGUGGAGAGACUGCUGAAGAGAGCCAGCAUGAUCCCAAGGAAGUCACAGCAGAGGACACAUUUAUAGGUAACUAACCUGCUGAUACAGUUGUCACUUAUCACCUUCCCCUUAGUCCAUUUUUUCAAAGGUGAUAAUUAUAACACAAUAGUACUGUGUUGCAGACUUAGUGGUGGAAAUGUUUAUUCGAUUUUUAUGUCUGCAGCUCCAAAUCAUUGGGCUCAUCACAGAGUUGCUUGGUUUUGUUUUAAUUUUUUUGGACUCAAGAUUUUUAUGAGUAUUAGAUUGUUUCUUGCCCCUGCUUCAUGGAGUAGUAUACAUGAUGUUACUUAUAAGUAAGACAGUGUAAAUUUUGUCUUUGUUUUGUUUUCAGAAAGCCAUCCGGAACACCUUACGAUCUGGACGGAAAUGCAAGACUACUUUCUGCUUAAAGUCCUUGAUUCUGCACUUAACAGUAUUCCUGAUUCAAGCAAAAAAUUGCGGGAUAUGGAUGAAAAAGAGUUUGGAGACUGGUUAGCAAAGCAGGAUUUUAAAGAAAAGAGACAACCAAAUUUUACUAUCAAACUCCCUCAAACCACCAUUGAAUCUAACCCAUGUUGUGGUAAGACUGAUACUUUAAUCCUUCCUCUUUCCCUGGAAAAUAAUGCAACCACAACUGGGACUGCAGCAAUUAUUGAACAGUUUGGAAAGGAGUUUGGUGUGCCUUGUGAGCAUGACAAAGAAUAUCUUCCAUUUGAUAAAAAAGGGCAAACCUUUGACAUAAAUGCAGCACGAUGCCAUCAGGAUUUUUUGACCUCUCUAAACAAACACAAGUCAGAAAUGACUGAGACAAUAAGGCAGUUGACAGAGGCUGAAAAGGCCUUUGAUCCUCUCCAGGAUGCACUAGAUGAAAGUUACUCACAAGAUGAAGACUUGAGUGCCAGUAACAUUCAAAAGGUUGAUGCUAAAUUCCAAAACAUUUUUGAUAGCUUGGUUAGAAAAAUGUGGGAUGCACAACAGGCAGGUGACGUCAGUGAGUAUGACAAGUUCGUUCACUGGAUGUCAGCACAACGGCAAAGCUGGGCGGAUGUUACAGACCACCAUGGUAGGACUGUACUUCAUGCAGCUGUAGAGAAUGGUAACAUGACACUUGUUAAGACUCUUGUCUCUGCUGGGGUGGAUGUUAAUGUCAAGGAGAGAUGUGGGGCAGCUCCUCUUACACUGGCUGUUAUCAGAAAGGAUGAAGAAAUGUGUUCUUUUUUGCUGAAUAACUUUGCUGUUUAUAGUGAUUACUUCUUUAGCACCAUUCCUAGUCCAUUGUACAUUGCCAAGCAGCUUAACUUGAAAGUGGUAGCAGAUAUGGAGGAAAGGCUAAAAUCAAGUAAUUCAGUUGAUAAAGAACUUUCCAAAAUCUUCCAGCGUGGAGAGGUUGUGGAAAACUGUCCCAAUGUUUCUGAGAUGGAGGAGCAGUCAAACAGUGAGGAACAUUACAAAUAUGAUAGGAGCAAUAAGGGUUGCAGGACAUUGUUUGUGGGCGACCAGGGUACCAAUAAGGUUCUCCGUGGUGUGAAGAGCCGGUCUGAAGCAGCUUACGGAUGGUGCUCUGAGGUUCCUGGAGACAUGCAUGCCAAGGGUUAUCUGUAUGAGGUCUGUAAGAAAGUUAUGUCUCCAGGUGGGUUUAUGUACAUUGUAAGGGAAGUGCUUGGAAGAAAGAAAGUCACCGAUGACAGUUUUGGCCAGAAAAAAUUUCAAGAGCAGAACCUGAACCGCAUCAGUGAGGCAUUGCGUGAUGUUGCAUUUGCAUUUGGUAUGGCUGCUGCAUUGGAGUUUAGAGGCUCAGAUUCCUUUCCUAGUCAAGAUCUGCUGAGGAGGGGGAAGAGAGAGAUAGGCAGUCACAACUUGGUCCUCUUAAAUAAAUUUAAAGAGUGGAUUGCCUCAAGUAGGGAAGAUGCAUCAUUUAAUUAUUACUCUCAAAUGUUCAACUUGUUUGGUCCCCUACAGUAUCUCUAUGAGGAUGCCAUCAAAUUUGGCCAUGGGUUGGGACGUGAAGCAGCUUGGAUGUUGAUGCAUCCACUCUUUGCACAAGCCAAUAAGCGCAACUACCACACAGAAGCAAUGGUGCACAUCAUCAACUUUGUUGCUGCUUGGCCACGAGCUACAAGAGAGUUGCUCCGUCAUAAUUGUUCUGUGAGCCUAAAUGGCAAAAAUGGCCACAACAUUGCUUUAGAUGAGUGGGUGGAGAGUUGUGUUGUGCAACCCAUGAAGAACUAUGCCACAGGUUAGUUUUCUUGUUUUUUUUUUUUUUUAAACCUGAACUCGUGUUGUCAUUAUUGUGGCCUUCCAAGAUAUCACUAACUUUUGCAAUGUACAUUACAGUGUAAAGGCAUUACUUCGCUAUUCCAUUGGUAAUCCAUGGUGCCCCUAUAUUUUAUCAUGUCACCCCUUCAACAUUCAAAAAUACAAUGUACAUGUAAGGUUUUGGUAUUUGUGCUAAAAUAAUUAUUUGUAUUUCAAACUUCACAUUUUCAUGGUAACAUACAAUGUACCUUUUCAUUGAGUAACUACUGAAACUUGUCUCUCUCUUUUUUUUUUAUUUUCAUUUAUUUAGGACAUACUACAGUGCAAAUGUUGCAGAGGCUGAUGGCAAACCUUGAUCUUAUUGGAGUUGUUCGUGGAGCGUAUCACUCACGUGAAGCAUUUAACAUUCACCCUACCUCAAGGCACUGUGAACAAGACCCUUUCCCAGAUCAGAUCAAGGCCAUGAGGUUUAUCCUUGCCUCUAAAUUUCUAAAUCCUGAUACUACAAGACAAGCUGUGGAGAAAUAUGGUAGUUCCGGAUCAGUUUCAAUUUCUAACGUGGAUGCUUAUGCUUCAGGCAAGAAAAAAGUUGAAGAUAACUUCAACAGGAAAUUGUUUUCAUUGUUUGGUGUCUUGAAUCUAGAUGAAGAAGAGGGAAGGGAUUCAGAUUAAUAAAAAUUACUUCAGUUCAGUUUUCUAAGUUCCGCCAAAGGAACCACAUUUUAAGUCAAUGUUUUUAUUGCCAUUUUAAAUCCUAACUAUGGCACAUUGAACUCUGGUACGUUUGCUAAUUAAUCGAAAUGACAAGUUGUUGCUUCUGUAAUGAAAAGGGCUCUUGUCGGCCUUUGAAGGCUCUCAAGAAGAAUUGUUUAGUAUUGACAGAAGCCAAAGUGAUAAUUUCUAAGAAACUAAAUUAUUGUGACAUUAUGAGAUAGAAAAAACAAGAUGAAAAGUGUUUGCUUGCCAAAAAUAGGCCAGUUAAUAUUGUAAAUUGGCUGGGAGAGAUAAGCAUUGUUUU